AUGGCAACGCUCUACAGCCUCACAUCCGACGGCUUCGAGCAACAAUUCGCCACCAACCACCUCGCCCACUUCCUGCUCUUCCAGCUCCUCAAAGAUGCAAUGCUGGCCCGCGCAACGCCCCAAUAUUCCAGCAGAUACCCGCACACAUCUUCGGCUUGGGCGUGCAUUCCAAAACGGCGAAUAUAUGGAUGGCCAAACGCCAUCGAGCGCCACUUUGGUGCCCGCAAUUUGCACGCCACGUCUGUGCAUCCCGGCGGCAUCACUGAGAACUCUGGGCUCACGAAGCACGUGCCCGAAGUGGAAUUAGCUGCAUUGUCUAGUGACGAGGCGCUGGUGUGCACGUUCAAGAGCAGUGCGCAGGGCGCGGCGACGCAGGUUUACGCUGCGGUGAGUAAGGAGUGGGCAAGUAAAGGAGGCAGGUAUUUGAGCGGCAUGGUGGAGCAGGGGAGUAGAGAGGAGGUGGGGCGCGAGGAAGGUAUGUUCGAGUAUGCGAACGAGGGGUAUGCGGCGUGGUGUUAUGAUACGGAUGGGGAGGAGAGGUUGUGGGAGGAUAGUUUAGGGAUGGCAGGGUUUGCGUAG